AUGUCUCAAGACUCCUGUGCUCUCAAUGCUAGUGGCUCCCUCAAGGACACUUCUGAGAUCAAGUUCUACAACAAUCCUGAUGACAAUGUUCCAUUGCCACAGGUCCCAUCAGCAGCAUCCAUGACAAACACCUUCUCCAUUCUACUCAAGGCUGGACAUGUCCCAGCAACUGUUGCAGCUGGUUCUCGGUGCUCUGGCCACCCUACAAAGCCCCCAGCUCAUGUUCGUGAUGCUUACAAUGCCUGUUCUUUGUCCUCGGGCACAAGGAAGCAUGCAUGUGCAUUAUCAAGUGCUGCGGCAGACCCUCUGGCACCUAAAAAAGUCGCCAUGCAAUUCUUGUCUCCUCUGGAUUCUGACGAUGAGGACGACGAGGUUGUCCCUUCUUCUCCCCCUGAUCUAGAUGAACCAGGCGAACCAUCCUCUGAUGAACCGAUCCCUCAACCGGACGAUGACAAGGCUGAUGAAGCUCAAUCUGAGAGUGGAGACACCACUCAGACAGUGGGUCUGCAACCUGUGCAAAACCGUCUGGCAGUUGGAUGGAUGACAUUGGAUAACACUUCAAAUAAUGACACUGCCAUGAGGGAAAUUGGAAGAGUCAUAAAUGAGGAUGACAAGGAUGGUAACUGGCUUGCAACAAUACUCAAAAAGAUCCGUCAUGCUAUCGAUUGUGGUGAGGAUGCCGAUGUUGACAGCUUAACUGAACAACUCACUGCAUUGGAGCAUGAUCCCGAAGCUAUUGUUGAAGAUGGUUUUGAUGUUGGUGACGCUGUCAGAAAAGCACUGGCUCUCAUCGAACAGAUUCGCAAAUCACCACAAGCCCAAGCAUUCUUCAGAAAAUCAUGUGAGGAAGAAGGUGUUGCCGUUCGCAAGAUUUUGACAUGGGUGAGAACAUGCUGGGCAUCCUUGUUCAAGUGCCUCGAGCACUUCUUGUCUCUUGACCUGGCUGUCAACCGCUUCACGCUUCUUGCUGACAAGAGUCACAAAGAGCCUGUGACUGCGCAACAGUCUUUCUCUUCAGUUGCAUACCCGACAGCCUGGCAAACUAUACCUAUACUAGAAUGUCUCACUAAUACAUGGCAGACAAUGGUGGGAAAUCUGGAGUAUGCACUAAUCGUGGACACCAUUAGGAAGGGUCUCAAGAAUAUUGACAAAUACUACCAGAAAGCUAGUGACUCAGACAUCUACUUUAUCUGUUUGGUUCUCGACCCUAACUACAAGUUAGCAUAUGUUGAAUGCCAAUGGACUGAGAUGAAGGUUGUGAGUGGGAGGGCUCGUCUUGAAGCAGUGUUUGAUAAGUAUUAUGAAGCACUGCCAGGCCCAGGAUUACAUGUCAAAGAGCCCAUGGCCAUGUUGACAACAAAAGGCUCUAUUCCAUAUGUAUAUGCAACAUAUCACGAGCCUAGGUCAACAGGAUCAGUCACUGUGGUGCUAUGUGCUUACCCUCUCCUGGUGGUUCACCCCAUGGGAAUUUUUUUCCUGCAGCUCCAGCCCUCCAGUACAUAUAUCAAGUCUUUUCAUGGCAAGGAUCAGACAGGAAUAUGUCAGAAUAUUAAUAUCAGGGAAUGUAGACUACCUAAAUAUCCUGUACCACGAAAUACUCAGGGGCUGUGUUCCCCAGAACAGGCACCCUACCAACCUGGAGGGCUGGAGCUGCAGGAAAAAAAUUCCCAUGGGGUGAACCACCAGGAGAGGUACAGCACAGUAAAUGAUAUAGGGCACUCUAGGAGGUAA